AUGUUGAGAAAGCUUGCAAAGAUGUCAUAUGUCACCAGGGUUUUGAAAGUCGAUCCUACUGCAAUCCACUUUUCUCCGACGGCUCACAUCGAUGGUGCCCUUCCAACGUUUUCUGAUCCGAAAACCCACGAAAAUUUGCUGGAAGCAGCCAAAAUAAUCAGAGAUACGGAUGGGGUUGUAGGGUUUCCAACUGAGACUGUUUAUGGGCUUGGGGGCUCAUCAUUAAAUGACAAGUCUGUCUUGAACAUAUACCAUGCGAAAAACAGACCCAGCGACAAUCCUCUCAUUAGUCAUGUAUCUUCCAUUGAUCAGCUUAAUCGCAAGAUUUUUGGUGUAGAUUCGGGUUCGCCUUUGCGAAACAUUCCUGCCAUAUAUCAUUCGCUAGUUUCUGAGAUGUGGCCGGGGCCUUUAACCAUUCUACUACCGGUACCGCGUAAUGGAACUUUGUCUAGUCUAACCACAGCGGAACAGCCAACUUUCGCGGUUCGCAUACCGUCGCAUCCCGUCGCUAGAGCUCUCAUUGCCCUCAGCGAUACACCCAUCGCAGCUCCAUCUGCAAACACAUCGACUAGACCGUCGCCCACUUCAGCAUCUCAUGUGUUUCACGAUUUAAACGGUCGGAUACCAUUGAUACUUGACGGCGGUUCGUGCAAAGUAGGACUCGAAAGUACAGUUGUCGAUGGUCUCGUUUCACCGCCUCUUUUACUUCGACCAGGUGGGUUUACUUGGGAACAGAUUAAAAAGAUGGGAGGCGCUCAAUGGUCCAAUUGUAAAGUCGAGAACAAAAAAGCGGUAGAAAGCGGGGAAAAGGUAAGAACACCUGGUAUGAAAUAUAAACAUUACUCACCUACUGCCAAAGUUGUCCUUUUCGUUCCAACACAUCAAGAGCGCUCUAGAGAAAGCCGUUUAGACAACGUGAUCGAUAUCAUAAACAGAAAAGCAUCUGGCUCUAAAAAAUUUGCGGUUUUAACGGGCUCGUUUUUCCCUUCCGGUAUGAUUAAAGAUGAUCGCUGUGUUAUAAGAUCUAUGGGGGAAAGCAUGUUGAAGAUACAAUCCAACCUCUUCGCCUUAUUGAGAGAAAUGGACGAGGCUGAAGAAGUUGACAUGAUCUUCGUUGAAGGGGUAACUGAAAAUGCAGAGGGGCUCGCCAUUAUGAACAGACUACGGAAAGCGGCCUCCAAUGAGGUCAUUUCUUUUUAA